AUGUUUAUAGAAAUAUUAAUUAUUAUUCUUUUUUUUGCUGCUUUAAGGUUAGUAAUUAUCCCUUAUUUCAAGUUCCUUAAGUACAAAAAAUAUGGGGAUGGCAGAUUUGUUCCAUUAUUAGGAGAACUAGUAGAGAUAAAGGAAGCUAUUAAAAAGUACGAGGAUGUAGACUAUUUCGUAAGUCACUAAUGCGAUGAAAAUCCAGACUUAAGAUUAUAUGUUGUCAAUCUUGGCUCUAAGAUAAAGCUUAGAUUAGUAGAUCCCGACUUAAUGAGAGAUUUCUUUUUAAAUCAGUAGUAUUAUGAAAAAGAUACUUUUUACAUUGGCAACGUCCUAAGAUGCGCACCUUAAGGUAUAGCAUUUGUAGAGGGCGAGCAAUGGAAAAAAGCCAGAAAAAUGUUUUCUCAAGCUUUCCAUUUUGAAUACCUCACUUCUCUAGCUCCAUUAAUAGAAUAAAUAGCUUCAAAAGUCUUUAACUAAGCUAUGGAAAGUAGCGAAAUCCUUGCCAAUUAUGAUCCCCUUGUAUAUUCAUAAAAGAUAACAGGAUAAGUGGUUAUUGCUACCUUUUUUGGAGAACAAGUAAAUGAAAAAAAGUUUAGAGGUAUGGAUUUAGUCUCAGCUUUGACACAUAUGUUAAAUCUACUUGGAGAGUAAUCAAUGAGCCUCUAAUACUUUUUGUUUGGAGCAGACUUUUUUAAGUUAAGACUAACUAAAUCCUAAAGAUAUGUCGAUGAUAUCAUUAAAGAUUUCCGUUCUUUCAUGAAAGAUCUGAUUGAGGAAAAGAUAGAAAGCUUUCAAAAAGAAUUGAAAGAAUAAGGAAAAAUAAGUGUUCCUUCCAUUUUAGCUUAGAUAGUUUCCACUUAAGAAAUAACAGAAGAAUCAAAAAAAUAUUUAUUUGACGAUUUUACAACAUUCUAUGCUGCUGGAACAGACACUACAGGUCAUCUCCUUGCUAUGACUUUUUAUUACAUAACCUAAAAUCCUGAACUCUAAAAGGCUUUGCAAAGAGAAGUAGAUGCAAACUAAGAUCAAUCACCUUAGGGAUUAGCAUAACUCAAUUAUUUAAAUGCUUUCUUAAAAGAGACUUUAAGAUAUUAUGGUCCAGCUAACUUUACUUUUGAUAGAAUUGCAACUAAAGAUCAUUACUUAGGAGAUAUCCCUAUUGCUAAGGGUACUAUUGUAGUUCCAAUUUCUUAAAGUACCCAUAGGAAUAAAAAAUACUAUGAAGAUCCUCAUAGAUACAAUCCUGAAAGAUGGUUGGAUAAUAAAUAAAAGUAGAUUCACAAUUAUGCAUAUAUGCCAUUUAGUUCAGGUCAAAGAAAUUGCAUUGGAUAACAUCUUGCUAUGAUAGUUGCAAGAAUAACUCUCAACAAGUUCGUCAAAAUGUUUGAAUUUUCUUGUGAUCCUAAUUAUAAGCUAGUGAUAACUCAAAGAUUUAUGUCAGAGCCAUUAGAUCCAAUUCCAUUAAGGUUAACAGUCAGAAAGCAUUGA